AUGGAGGGGCAGCGCACACUGUACCCACAACUUCACCUCAUCGCAAACAGAGUCAAAAUUUUGCGACUCAGCUAUCUUCUCACAGACCACACACAAAAUUGUCGCUUGAGAUCCGCUGCUCUCACCCAGUUGCAUUCUCAGCUCGUCGCACUCAUCACCGAGGGGCAGAAUUUCACUACCCUGCCAACUCCGCCAUCCGCCUCCAGACUCAUCACAAGAGGUACAACCACCACCAAGAUGAGCCCCGUCAGCGACGUCGCCGACGGCGACACAGGAGACCUCUUCCAGGAUCCCGAGGACUACUACCCGCCUACUCCCCCACCGACCUCGUCAUCCCACACCCUCGCCUCCGGCCGCGUGCUCACCCUGCACCUCGUCGGCUACUCGCCUACCGAGGCGCACCACCUCUGGAACGGCAGCCGCGUGGUGUCCGACUACUUCGAGGCCGAGCCGUCGCGGGUGAAGGGCAAGACGAUGCUGGAGCUCGGCGCCGGCGCGGGGCUGCCUAGUCUGACGGCGGGCAUCCUGGGCGCGGAGAAGGUUGUCGUGACAGACUUCCCCGACGUGGACAUCGUGCAGACGAUGCAGAAGAACGUGGACGAGGCCGGGGACCUGGAGGGGAUCGUCAAGCCGCUGGGGUAUGUAUGGGGUGCUGACGUCGAGCCGCUGCUUGCUGAGCUUCCUGAGCGCGACGGAAAGAAGAGAAAGUUCGACGUGUUGGUGUUGGCGGAUCUGCUGUUCCGACACUCGGAGCAUGGGAAGCUCGUGGACACGAUUGAGAAGGCACUGGAGAGGAAGAAGGAUGCCGUGGCGUAUGUGUUCUUCACGAGUUAUCGCCCGUGGUUGAGGCAUAAGGACUUGGCGUUCUUCGAUGUUGUGAGGAAAAGAGGGCUGCUUGUUGAGCAGGUUAUUGAUCGGAGGAUGGAGAAGCCGCUUUUUGAGGGCGAUCCGGGUGAUUUGGAGAUUCAGAAGACCGUUGGCGGUUAUGAGGUCCGCUGGCCUGAGGAGUUGUUGGAGGGUUGA